UAGAAUUUGCCGAUGCAUGUAAAUUCUGAUCGCUAACAAAUUCAAAUACCAAGAAGCUCAUGAAGGAUUUCAACUGCCAUUUAGAAUGAAGGUGGUGAUGGGUUUGCAAAUUCUCCAAGUGGCGCCACCGCCACCACUCACUUCUUCCUCCACCUCCUCCUCCUCCUCAUCUUCUUCUUCUUGUCGGGUCCAAACCCUCCCACUCUGGCUCAACCAACGCCACUCCCACUGCCGCCACUCACGGCCUCAGCUUGCUCUCCCACCCCGCCACUCGUUCAAAAGAACCACACUCUCACUCGUCGGCAGGAAAGGUAGGAAAUUGCAAGCUUCUUCAUCAUCUUCUUCAACUACCCAACAAGACCAGGAUGACGAAGAAGAAUACGAAGACGACAAAGAAGAUGAAGAAGAUGAAUCGGACCCUGACCCGGAAGACCUCGAAUACGUGGGCCAAAUCAAAAGGGUGUUGGAGCUUCUCCGAAAGAACAGAGACAUGCUUUUCAGUGAGGUUAAGCUCACUGUUAUGAUUGAGGACCUGCGAGAAGUUGAGCGCAGGAGACUCCUCGGCAUUGAAGAUCCUGAUGCCCCUACUAGGGAGGAAUUGGCUGAUGUUCUUGAAGAAGUGAAUGAAGGAAAAAUCCCAAAAAAUCGACUUGCUCUUAAACUGCUGGCUGCAGAAAUGAAUCAAUGGCCUAAUCUAGAGGUUCAGAUUACACCAGCGAAGAAAAAGCCUGGUAAGUCCCUGUAUGCAAGAGCGACCGACACUGGUAUUGAUCUUCAAGAGGCUGCUAAGAGACUGAAGAUUGAUUGGGAUACAGCUGCUGAGAUUGAUGAUGGUGAUCUUAAAGAUGAAAAUGAAGUGCCGUCGGUUUUGGGCUAUGGAGCACUGUACUUAGUCACAGCUUUCCCCGUCAUUAUUGGUGUAUCAGUGGUAUUAAUUUUGUUUUACAAUUCACUCCAGUAGAAAUCUUGUCUCGCCGUCAUAUUUCACUGUAAAAAUAUCAUUCCUUGCAAUAUACCGAAUACCGUUCUGAUCUUCACAUGAGUUUUGUACGUCUAAAUGCUAAUUAGAAAUAUCAAAUAUCAUGUAAGAAUCUUGUAUCUGGUGCUAUUGUAUAUGGUGUUAUGCAAGCACAUCAGAUCUUGUAGUUUAUUUUA